AUGGCUCACGUUGCAAUCCGGCGACAGCGGGAGGAGGAGCAGCGCGCUCGUGAACAGGCCCAAGCUGUGGAGAAGCGUAUGCGAUUGGCUGCUAACUUUGAGACACGGAGUGAGAAGGUUUAUGAACAAAAAGAUUUAAUGCGACGCCUCGAUCUUGUGCGUGCCAAACACGAUGAUGCCCUCGUCGCCCGCCGUCAACGACUUGCUGCAAUGCUCCUACGAGAGAAGGAAGAACAUGAGGCGAUGUUAAAUAAUCUCACAGAGACGGAUGAGCAGCGACGUGAUCGGCUUAUUCGGAAAGCGCGCGAACUGCGGGCCCAACAGCAGCAUCACCUUCGUGUGGAUGCUCAGAAGCGGCAUGAACGUCUCUUUCGUGAAAAGAUUGAUUGCCUUCGCCUUGCGGAGAGUCGUUUGAGGGUCAUGCAAGUUGCUAAUGCCCGCUUUGAACAACUUGCAUUAGCAGAGAGACGCAAGGAGGAGCAGCAGCGGGAGGAGGAAUUCUUUGCGCAACAACGGGUUGAGGAGAAUCGGCUUGCGAAUGAGCGAGCUCAGAAGGACUUAGAGGAGGAUUACAUACGAAAGCAGGCUGUUGUAAAGGCGCUAGCGGCACAAGUAGAGGGGAAUAAAAUGCGGGCGGAACAACACCAACUGGAGGUUAAGAAAGAGAAUGAAGCCUUCUGUCGUGCUGUAGAGGAGGAGAGAGCGGCGGAGGCUCAGAAGAAGAUGGAAGCCCGCAUCGCCCGAGCAGCACUCGCAAAGGAGAUGAGUGAAUUCAACGAGCAGUUGCGCACUGCGCGGCGGCAGGAAUAUGAACGACUCCAAAAGGAAGACAGGGAAGUGCUUGACCGAAUGCUGGCAGAAUUGGCGGAGCAAGAGCAGGAGGAAAAGCGGCGUAAACAUGAGCUGCGUGCGAAUGCCAGGUUGCAUCUGAAGGAAGUUGAGAGGCAGAUGAACCAGCGCAAGGAGGAUAUGGAAAACUUAGACAAACUGUGGGAGGAGGAGAACAACAAGGUGUGGGAAAAGCGCGAGGCCCACUGGCGUGCGGAUGAGGAGAAACGGCGUAAACUCCUGCGUAAUGUACUUAUCGUACGCCGGCAGCAGGUUCUGGACAAACGGCAACAGGAGAAGGAGGCAGUAGAGAGAGCUGAAGUAGAGAGACAAGAGUUCCGUAAUAUGAUUGCGGGGUUGGCUGAUAUUGAUGCAAUGGAGCGAGCGCAACGUUUUGCAGUGGCAAAGGAAAACCAAAAGUACCUCGAGUCUCAGGUGCAACGGCGCAAUGCAGAGAAGGAGGAGGUGCGAAUGGCAAUGAAGACAGCGCUGACUGCUGAGCAAGAGAAGGAGAAGGUACAUGCAGAGAGAAUCAAGAGGGAAAUAGAGAACUUAGAGCGGGCAAAACCGGAGCGUUACAAGGACGUGCCGCUGUUGCCCCGGCAACGAUUCCCACCAAUCUAG